UUUUAUUGUCUCCUUCAAUAAACCUACACCAGGCUAUGUUUCGAUCAACACGUUGCAUAGUGGCACCAGUUACUUUACGACUAGCCACCAGAAACUUGUCCACAAAGCUUGGAGCACGAACCGCAUGGCUUGUAACUGAUGGAUCACUAGAAUCACACAAACAGUGCACCUCAAUGGCAGAUCUUAUACAUGCCCAAUUCCAAAUUCUGCAAAUAAAGCCUAAUGGAGUCUUUCAAGGCUUGCCCGUCAUUAUACAAAAAUUGUUGGUGGAGACGUUUCCUGGGUCACGCCAGCAAGGCCAGCUACCUUCAUUUUUAGCGAACAAAGGCGAAAAUCUAGGCGGCACACAUCCUGACAUACUGAUAACUUGUGGGCGAGAUGCUAUAGCUGCAGCUUUGUCGAUUAAAGCGAAGGAUCGGCAAAGCUUGUUUUCAGUGUAUCUUGGAUUCCCGGAUAUUCCUUUUAUCAAUUUCGACCAUGUAAUAUUGUCCAAGCAUGAAGCGGCUUCAAAACUAGCUAAACUAGGGCCGUUAUCAAGCCAAAAGAACUAUACCACCAUUUCGGCACCAUUGAUGAAUCUUGGUCAACAAGAUGAAACAAGCAUCACCCGGCGACUAGCAAAUUUGGCUUCCCCUGAGUUUUUGAAUACUGAAUCACCCAUCACUACGUAUGUCGUAGGUAAACAUCAUCAUCAUUGCCGAUGGUAUCCUGAAGAUGCUAGUCUUGUUGCUGAUAAUAUUGAGAGAAUCAUGAACAACUUGGGCCACCGAGUAAUUUUAGUCUACACUGAUAAAACAGAGCAAAAAGUGAAGGAAACGAUUGACAAGGUCUUGAAAAAACAUUUAGACGAAUCCUCACUUCUCGCUCAAUGCGACUUAUCAACUAUAGAGGACGCGAAGGAAAAAUGUCAAACUUAUGAUGCUUUAGUGCAAGCAGGCAACCAAAUCAUACUGACAGCAGAUUUGGACUAUCUUGUAUUGGAAGCAGUAGUCAAAAGGUACAUUUUUCCUCUGAUGAAAAUAUGAGCAUGAUCAAAAAUGAGAUUUUACUGAAG